CUCCAAUUUAGCAAAAGGUGAUUUACAUUGCCAUGUUUUGAGUGCUCUUAUGUCAUUUGGGGUCUGGAGUGGCAUAAAGUAUAUAAGGCCCAAAGAACCUCAACUCAGUAGACAUUGGUUUGGAAUCCAGUUAUUCAUGUGCAAAGAAAGCAGUUUUGAAUAAAAGCUGUUUCGUGAAGUGACUUGGUUGCAAUUUUUUUAUAGGUUUAGUACUUUGGCAUGUAAAUACUAGACUGUUAAUGGUUUACAGGAAUGGUAUAAUUUGGCAAGAUUUGCAUUAUUUUGGUUGACUAAUUGAACAUGUUUAUCCAGAUUUUGGACACAGCGUCUGUAGGCUAGGUAAAGGAGUGACUGUGUAAAUGGCUAAGGACUUUGACCCCAUGUAGAAGUGAUAUGUGCAUGACUCUUUGACACAAAGAUGAUGGAUUAUUCACUGGCCUCCUUGGAGAUUAUGAUCAAUUAAUGAACCUUUUAUGGUACUCUAAUAAUAUCCACCAUGUAGCUCUAUACGGCUUUAGUUGUUACUUUAAUGCCGUGGUUAAUUAACAAGCAAGAUGCAUGGGUUUGUACAUAUUAGUGUGAAAAGACUUAAGUGUGACAGAAUUUUAAUGAAGUACGAGAUAUAGCAAAAUCUUUCAAGUAAACACAUUAUUUUUAGCUUAAGAAAUUUUUCUCAAGUAUUUAAAGUACCACUGCACAGAAGUAAAUAAGCCUUACUAAACAUUAUGAUCAAGAAGUGUUAAUCGGAAGUCAGUAGUGCUGAAAAUCCUUCUACAACAAGAAAGAAGAAAAAGGAGAUUAAUUUAAUAACACUUAGAAUAUUGCAUGAUUAAUUCAAUAACUCCUAGGCUAUUACAUGAUCUUUUUUCCUGUGAACUCCGUGGAGACCCUCUUGUUAAAUGUGGGUUAAUUGUGUUUCAUGAUACAAUCACCACUAUCCAGCUUUUGAUCAGCUUUUCGUCUGUGACCCCUGUAACCUUUGAGAAUAAACAACAGCAGCAGCUUCUGUGAGCGGGAUAUAUAUCCCAGAGUUCCUCAGCAUAUGGCCAAUCACUCAGAUUGAGCUACUGGAUGUGCGAGUGUUUUUCUCUCUGCACAAAAAAGUUUAUACUGCCAUGUUUAAUGUUGAAACUGGCAGCAAAAGUCGUGUAGUGUGGUUGUUUUUAGUUGGUUUAGUGUGGUUCUACUAGUUCACCAUCAUGCAAGGAUUACGACAUCAUAGUGCUGCUAGUCCAAGGCCUCGGGUAAAAUAUGGGUUAACUGUGGGAACAGUCGGACAUCAUUUGGAGAAUCGAUCCCAGGAUUUGGAUCCAUCUACUCCGCUAACCUACACCAGAAUUAUCCCAUCCGAUGAAUACGACUACGAGCUUUUAACACACAAACAAGAUGAUGGGCAUCACAAGCCCAAGACAUCUGUAGACAAAGGAAAACAUGGAAUAAAUGGGGACUGGCAUCAAGAAUACCAUAGACUAAGAUCUCAGUGUGAGAGAGCCAUGAGUGAAGUACAGUCUCUGAAGCGGUCCCAGGAGGACACGAUUCGUAGGUGUGAGCAGGCAAUGCGAGAGUCCGACUCAAAUCGUCAAAGAUACAUAGCAACUCUAGGAAAUCUCCAACAGUCCAAAGAAGAGAUCGAACAUCUACAUGGGGAAAUUAAAAAGUUGGAAUCUGAGAAAAAGAUUUUAGAACAAGAAUACAGAAAUCUACAAGAUGAAGAUAAGCAGGAGAUAUCAGACUUACGCAAACAGUUACGAACCGUCAUUUCUGAGAAGGGUUCAACUGAUGGAAUGGCAAGGAUGUACGAUGAAACAUUGCAAAAAUAUGAAUUGUUGAAAGAGGACCAUGAUUUACAAAGAAAAGACUACACAGAAAUUUUCACUAAACACAAUGACUUGAUGACAAAAUUUGGUAUGUGUAAAGAUGAAAACACAAAACUUAUGAAACUUAACGAAACUUUGACAAGAGAAAGAGACAGUUUGAAGCUUGACAGAAAUAUCCUCAAACAACAGUGUACAUCUGCCAUCAGAGACCUGGCCAAAGUAACACAACAGCGGGAUGAAAUGAUGAAGGAAUCAAACCACCUUCUUGCAGUUCAGAAACAAAAAUACGAAAGUGUUGUGAAAGACAGGGACGCUGCAAGAAAUGAAUAUAAUCUCGUGUGGGCAGAGAGGGACAGUGUUCACAAAGAAAUUAACCAACUCCAGGAUAAGUUAAAUGAGGUCACACAGAAAAACCAGACCAUGGAAAUGGAGAAAAAGAAAGCAGGAGAGGAAACAGAAAUGUUGAGGCGAGAACUUCUAACAAUAAUUCAGCAAAAGGAAGAAGCAGACAAAGAGCGAGAAGAAGCUCAGAAAAGGUAUGGUGAUGUGAAAUCCAAGAAUGAUGACCUGGAAAACCAGAGGGAUGAUUUCAGAAAGGAUUAUGUGAUGGUGACACAAGAGAGAGACAUCGCUCGUAAGGAGAGACACGAGGCAAUUAAAGAUCGGGAUCGGAUAUUACGGGAAACCUAUGAAAGGGAGAGAACCCAAAAAGAACAGGCCGAAGAGAUUGAUCAAGUGUCCAAAGAAACAGAAGCUCUGAAGAAGAUCAUCGAGAAGUUGCAACAUGAUUUGUCAGAUGCCAAGACGGAGGCAGAAAAGUCGAAAAAGAAUCGAGACUGGGCCCUUGGUGAACGGGACAAGAUUGUACAGGAGAGAGAGGGAAUCCGGUCACUGUGUGAGAGUCUCCGUCACCAGAGGGACAGGGCGGUCAGUGACAAGGCCCAGGCACUGAGGGACUAUGACAAUAUCAAGAAGGAGAAAAUGGAGGCAUGUAAAGAACUCAAGGAAGUCAGGGAGAAGUAUGAGGCCAUUAUGGAGAAAGAAGCCAGGAAGAGCCAGUUGAAUGGUGUUGGACACAACCACAGUCGAGACUCCGCCAUUGAUGCUGACCUACAGGAGCUGGAAACUGAAACUGUGCAAGUAGACAUUAGGGGACUGACUCCAGAUAAUCUUGGCUUUGAUAUUGUGGGAGGAAAAGAUGACCCUGUUCUUCCCAACGAUUACGCUGUAUACGUCAACCAUGUUGUCAAAGGAAGUGUAGCAGACGGCAAACUAAAAAUCAGUGAUGUGGUUCUGAAAAUCAAUAACAUGGAUGUAACAAAUGUGGACAAACGAACCGUUCUCCAGUCUCUGAAAAACUCUUCACAUGUAUCAUUGCUGGUCAGGAGAAGACGCUGUGUUACACCUAGAAUUUGGCAGCCUAUUCAGCUGAAUUUGUCAUUAGGAAAAGAUAUUGGAAUUUACAUUGAGCAGGGUCUCUACAUAGCCCGUAUAGUCCCAGGGUCCACUGUAGCCAAGGAGGGCAUGCUAUCCACUGGUGACAGGAUCAUCUGUGUCAAUGGUAAAUCUGUGGAGAAUUUCACCCCCACAGAACUAAUGAAACUUCUACAGGGAUGUUCUGACCCGGUGUCCAUUGAAGUGUGGAGACAAAUGUCACCUUUCAACUCUGCAGGCUCCUCCCCCAUUCCUGUCAAUCACAAGGGCAUUUGUCAGGACUCUGGAACCCAGCUCUCACCAACCUUUUCUAAGAGUGAGGACAUGAAGCAUUUGAUGUGGGAGGGAAAUGAUCACAUGCUGGAGAGCCAAAAGAGUUCAGGUAAAGUCAAGACCAGCAGCUCUCAAACUGAUGAUUUGAAUAAUUCUGGAAGUUCAGGGUCAAACAGCUUGACAGUGAAAGGUUCCAAGAGUGAAAAAGACUUGGACAUCCAUAAAUCAAAAAAUAGUUACAGACUUGAGAAAGCUUUUGUGAAGAUUUUCAAACACAAACCUAAGCAUCAUGAUCGGCAUGAGCAUGAUGACACAAACAAGAGACAUUCUUCUACUCGACCAACUUCAGCCAUAAAUGACAAUGUGUUGAUUGAAUUUAGUCUUGGAGACCCCAAGACAAAUCAUGGAACAGGACAGAGAAAAAAUAUUCAAAAGCGUGAGUUUGAUAAUGAAAACAGUGGUACGUGGCCAAAGUGUUACAAAAUGCAGCCAAUGAAACAAGGGACUGUUGUGAUGCCUUCCCCACAGAAGUACCCAGACAGGCCAUCCAUCACAAACUUUUUUUCCAAGGGACCUGACAAAAUUCCCCCAGUGCCUCCAGAGAGGACAGAAGCUUCACAUAUAGCUGUGAAACAGAGUCCUCACCACAGUCCACAAAGCAGUGAUUCUACAAUCAAGCUGUCCAACUCCCCGAUACACUCUCCACCAAUUAACCCCAAGUCUAUGAAAUAUCCACACAGUAACAGUAACUCCAAUGUGUAUCCCAACCUUCAGUUUGUGUUUAAUCCAGACAAUGCAAUGCCACAAAAUAAUGUUAUGAGGCACUUUCCACAUAAUAAAAAGAAACGGCCACUCCCUAGUCACAAUAGCCACCCUGAGGGGUCCUCCAUGUCUCCACGAGAGAAUUGGGAAAACUUGAGGGCACACAGAAAUCGACCCCGAUCCUCAGAGAAGGACAAGCUACACAGACACAGUGCGAACUUGCCUCCAUUCAAUUCUAGUCAGCUUCAUUCCUCUUGUGACUCUUCUGUGAGUGGUACAGGACUGCCACCGGACUACCAGACUGUACAGUCAAUGUUUCCAAGUGAUCACUCUGCAUUUAAUCCACCUCCACCAUUUCAUGAACGGCCCAUAGUUCAUGGUAACAGGAUGCAGCAUAACAGUGGCAACUUGGUUGUGAAACCUCACCCUCAUUAUCAAUCUGUUCAUGGCAGCCAGACUAGUGCUCCUGUCACAGUCAGUCCUUCUUUCUCCCCAGCCUAUAAUUCACCUCCAGGGUCAUUUCCAGACAUAGAGCCCCGGAGAUCUCCCUAUGACUUCUGUAAUUCCCCGUGCCCCUCAGUGGUCAGCUCAGCCAGUGAUCCGUACAGUUACAUUCCAAGUAGAGCCUCCUCAGAAAGAACAGUGUCCGACAUCGAUGGAUCAACCAAACCUCCCUACGUAAAGAAUAACUCCAAACGAAUCUACAUACCCACUGUCAAAACACGUGGGAACUCAGGCUCCGUGGAAGUUGUUGCAGCAAGAACUAGUCCUACAUCCCCAAGCUAUUCAGAAGAGCCAAUUACUAGUACAGAAUCUCUCCAUCAAAGAAGAAGAAAGCCUCUGAUGGGUGAGACGAGGAAGAUGAACAUAGAGCGGGACUCGCAGUGUGUGGGGUUCACUAUCGGGAGUGGUCCCCAGGGUGGGGUGUUUGUCUCCUCCGUACAGGAGGACAGUUUGGCCAUGGAGGCAGGGCUCGUCAUCGGAGACCAACUCCUGGAGAUUUGUGGAAUAAACAUGAGAACGGCCACAGAAGAUAUGGCAGCUAAAUUUUUACGACAAACUGGAAAUACAUUGAGCCUUCUUGUGCAGUACAAUCCUGAAGAAUACAACAGGGCAGCUGAUUCGUCAGGAGAGAGCACUGGAACUUCUCCAAUGAAUUCUCCUGAGUCGGAUACAUUCAGGAGACCCAGAAAAGUCAGCUCCAAGUCCAGCACACAUAUCAGGAUACCCAGCUCUGAUCUGCCCUCUGAACACCCCAGAGUGAUAACAGCAAUGAAAUCUUUACCCAAUGAGAACCUGGGUGUUGCCAUUGUUGGCCAACUGAACUUUGGAAUUUUUGUCAAAGAGGUCCAACCGAAUAGUUGUGUGUUUGGUCACGAUGGCUUGAGGUGUGGUGACCAAAUUCUGGAGUACAACAAUGUUGAUUUUUUAACAAUUACCCCAGAGAAAGCCUCCACAGAAUUAAACAAACCUUGUGCAUUUGUCAGAAUGCAAGCACAGUAUAACCCUGCAAAGUAUCGACAUCUAUGUAACCAGUUUAACAGUGAGUCUUUCUAUGUGCGGGCACAUUUUGACCACAAGCCCACUGGGGACGGAGAACUGAGUUUUAGGAAGGAUGACAUCAUGCUGAUCGAGAAUACGUUAUACGACGGCAAACCAGACAACUGGUAUGCGUGGCUGGUUGAUGACGAUGGCCAUAAACUGAAUUACAAAGGAAUCAUUCCAAGCCAAGACAAGCUAGAGAUGGAGCUCCGAAGGAGUCACUCUGAGAGUCUUAGUCUUCAUGACCUUGAGGAGAUCCGCGGAUCAACUCGCCGGAUGUCUGGAUCUGCUCGGAGUAGUUUCUUCAGAAGAAGGACCAAACACAAGAGAAAUAACUCCAAAGACAGUCGUGAAUUUAACUCAUUCUCUGAGACAUCUCUCAGCAGUGAUUCAGUACCUGUCUUAGAAGAUCUGGCAUUCAACAAGUACACAAAAGUGGAGAGAAUGGAAUAUAAAAACAUCCGACCUGUGAUUCUGUUGGCUCCCUUGGCUGACUCUCUGAUCAAGAAACUGGUGGCCGAGUCUCCAGACAAAUACAGCACUGGUCAACCUACUGUGAUGCAGACCACGAAGCAGGUAAUGGAGCAGGGUCUCGCAGAUGGCAUCUACAUUGACUACUGGCAGGAGGAGGACAAGUUCCAGUGUAUCAAAACCUCAAUCAUCAAGGAGAUAUGUGAUCAGGGUAAGCAUUGUCUGCUCAGCAUCAGUCCGUCAGCCAUUGAGAGACUGCACAGACUUCAGAUCUACCCCAUUGUUGUUUUUGCCAGGCAUCGGUCAUAUAAACAACUUAGGGAGAUAACAGAUCCUCAGUUCCAUUCCCAGAAACUCAGUGCUAAGUCUGCAAAGGACUUGUAUGACAAAUUCCAGAAGCUAGAAAAGGACUACCAGCACCAGUUCUCUGCUGUAAUUCAGGGUGGCAACUUGGCAGAAAUGCACCAGCAAGUCAAGACUGUGAUAGCAAACGAACAGAAGAAAGCCAUCUGGGUUCCAGUGUGUCCCCGAGUGUGAGGGGGUACCCACAGGAUCAGACUUUUGGCAUCCCCAUUCAAUGGACAACAGUGCCAUCUGAGAGUGUGAUCAGAUGUAGCCAAUUUGUUUGUUACUUAAGGAAUUCAGAAUACAGUGGAGGUGUUGUCAUUAUUCAGAGGAUAUGUGUAACAUUCUAGUCUUAUAAACUGCAUAUUUUUUUUUUCCAAGUUUGCUUACAUAUGGACUAUUUUGUAUGACUGUCUCAUAGGAGGGGCAAGGAUUGUAGCAUGAAUUGGCGGUCUGCAAAUUCUUAGCUUGAAUCAGCAGUCUGCACAGCCUUGUCAACAGUUUUCAUUCCUUUUCAUCUUUUACUAUCAUAGCAAGUAAUUUGUCCAAAUGUUUACGUCUUGUUUACAACUGUGAUAAAAAGUGUCAAUAGACACAGUUUUGGUGUUGUGACCUAGUUUCUAUAUUUAGUGGUGCAUGAGCAAAAAUAGUGCAGUUUUUUAAUACAUUUGCUGUGUAUCUUUGAUUUUUUUUUUAUUAAUACAGCUUCAGAGGAUUUAUUUAUAUUUUUUUUUACGUUAGCAUUGACACAAACCCAUGUUGGGUUAAUGGCAACCUGCUGUAUAUAACGUUUUUAAAGAAAAAACCAUUCCAACACUUAAAGACUAGUGACAAGUCUGAAAUUGGCAAUUCAUUAUGGUUAGGAAUCGGAAACAGGAUGAAAUUGUCAUUAUAGCUGUAUCUGUAGUGUAUGAAUCAACUGUGAAACGCAUCCCCAAAUAGUAUACUUUUAUUCAUUGACAUUUACUUCAUGAGUUCAGUGAAACUGUUCAUAUUGAGAUCUCAAACAGCAGGCGGCUAGUGGGUCAGCUUUGUUAGAAGUUGCUUCUUUUAAUGUUUAAUGUUGUGUGCUGUCUACGUUUACUUCAAGGCAUUCAAUAAUUCAGUUGUGAAGAUCUUUAUUUGGAACAGAUGAAAUUAUCAUCAUGAAAUGAUUUAUCUGUAUAUAACUUUAAGAUGUUUCAUUUUAGAGCUUCUGUCAAUUUUUUUUAAUGCAUUGUAUUUAACAAAGUUGUGAACUAAUUUUAAUUUUAUUUUGUAUGUUUUUUUUAUUUAGGCUCACCCUAAUUUUUUUUUUUCAGUUCGAAAGCUGCAUUUUUUCAAAAAAAUAAUUUGUAUGCUUAUUUUUGUAAACAGCCGUUCAGCCAUUGAUAGAAUAGCACUGGGUAGAAUAGGUCUAAUUAUUGGGUUAAGAGAUGAUGGUCAAUUUUUGUACAUUCAAAUUCCUGUUUAGUUAAUCAGGGACACUGCACUAGAGAAAGUGAGAAAUAAAAUGAUGGGAAAAUAG